UUUAUUUCACGCAUGCGCACAUACUUCCAAUUCUAUAUUUCUAUGUACUAAAAUCUAUAUGAUUUGAAAUGCAGUUAUAGAUACAUGUAAAUACAUGGGACUUGGUUAUACUAAUAUAGUUCUUUUUUAUUUUUAUCAAUAAAACUUAGAAAGAAUUAAAAACAUUCAACAUUAUCGUACAUAAGUUAACGAUCUAGGGAUAGUAGAUCUGCGGUCGCUGUGGUUUUGUUUAUCACAUUACUAUUUCGACAAACACACCGUGGAAAGAAAUUAAGCAGAAAAUAUUUCAACAAGAACGAUGUCAUUGAAGGUUAUAAAACGAUUCAAUACGAUGAAUGCCGGAGGUAACGUUAUACCUAAAUUUCGUGAUACUUUUCAAAUAGCACAAAAAGAUUUAUUAAGAUGGUUCCCUGGACAUAUGGGCAAGGGCUUGAGAAAAAUGCAACAAUCGUUGAAAAGUGUAGAUUGUGUAAUAGAAGUUCAUGAUGCAAGAGUUCCAAUUUCUGGACAUUAUGCUGAUUUUAGUAAAACUUUAACUGGACUUAAGCCUCAUAUUUUUGUAUUGAAUAAAAUGGACUUAACAGAUAUGAGGCUUAAAGACUCUGUAAUAGCAACAUUAGAAGAAAAAGGAAUGUCUAAUAUAUUAUUUACUAAUUUUAAAAAGGAACGUUGCAAAAGUACUAAAGAACUGCUCCCUUUAGCACAAACAUUAAUUAAACAAUCAAAUCGUCAUAAUAGAGCACAAGAGAGUUCUUUUGCAAUAAUGAUUAUUGGUAUUCCAAAUGUUGGAAAAUCUUCACUUAUUAAUCGAUUACGAAAUAACAAUCUUCGUAAACCUAAAGCAGCACAAGAAGGUGGCAUUGCCGGUAUUACACGUGCUGUGUCAACACGUAUAAAAGUAUUUGAAAAUCCAGACAUUUUUGUAUUAGAUACACCUGGAAUUUUAACUCCUAAAGUAAUUGAUGUGGAUGCUGGUCUUAAGUUAGCAUUAGUUGGUUGUAUGGUAGAUCAUUUAGUAGGACCAGAAGUACUUGCAGAUUACCUGUUAUUUUGGUUUAAUAAAAAUAAACGAUUUGAAUAUGUACAGGAGAUAGGCUUGCCAGAACCAUGUGAUGAUAUAAACUAUCUUCUUACAUUUAUCGCAGCAAAGUUGAAUAAAACUGAAAAAAUGAAGAAUUACGAUGGGAGAAUUAUUAUGAAACCAAAUUUGAGGUUCGCGGCAGAACAGUUUGUUUAUGCAUUUCGAAAAGGAGAAUUUGGUUGCUAUUGUUUGGAUGAAGAUUUAUUACAGAAACCAAUAAAACAAUUUUCAAAAGGAAAAGAUUUUGUAUAAACAUGAAAGAAUCUACAUUCUACAUUUGUUAUUAUAAAUUGAAUAUACUUUUACGUAUAUUUCAAAUAAUAUUAAAAAUUUAUAAACUGCAAUAUUUUAUUGCAAAUAUCCAUAUUAUACAUGUACAUAUAAAAUAGGGAAAUAUAUACGUAGUAUUGUAUAAUUACAUUCAUGUAAAAUACAUGACGUUUUAGUUAGUAAUAUAAAUAAAUAUAAGCUGAGUCACUUGUAGAGUGGUUGUUAUAUGGUACAAUUUUUUUAAUAAAAGUUGCAUGGUAUCAAGAAAGAUAUCCUCAUAGAAUGAAAUGAUAAAUGCUUAAUUUAAGAAGUGGGGUCUAGUCUAGGUUUAAAACUUUUCCAUUUAGUGGCUUCUUCAGGAAAAUAUAUAGAAUUUAAACACAUAACUCUGGGAAGGGUUUGGACAAUCUCUUUGGAUUUUAUAGAUAAAGUAGACAAGGCAGUGUAACGUGAAUAGUAAGAGAAAAAUGAUUAAGUGCACAACGUUCACAAAAUGACUUAGUGAGCGGUGGGCGGAACAUCGUCUCAAUCCGAUGGACGAAGUUCGUCUCAAACUAAUGGGUAUUACUGUACUUAUAAUAACGACUUUCCUAUUUAUACUAGCAUCAAGAAUUCAUCUUAAAAAUGUCUCACUUUUUAUGAUAACACCCUGUAUAAGACCGUAUCUCUGUUGGAAUAUUAAUUAGAAUUGUUUAGACUUGUAUAUAAGACUGCAGGUGUGACGUGGCACACUAGUAUGCUGCGACGAGUAUGUGGGUAUGUUACAAAAAAAAUAGUAAUAAAGAAAUCAAACCAUCUUCUGUGGAAAACAAUUUUCAUCACUUGGAAACAAUACAGAGAAUACUUUUAUGUCAUUUGCCUAAUUAUGGGAGCAAACAUUUUCAUCAAUG